AUGCAAGACUGUGUUAGUAAUCAGAAAUCUUUGCAGCCCGGAGGUGAGGUGGCAGGGAAGGGACUGGGGAAUAUUCAGAGGCGAUGGCGAGGUUAUAAGAUCCGGAAAUACUGUUUUAAUUAUUAUUAUUUGAAAAACUACCUGAGAGCUGUUUCAGAAACCAAUGAAGCAAUAAGGGAGGCUCUGGAUGAGUUUGCGGAGAUGAAAGCCAGGGAAAAGAAGAAGGCCGACCUGGAGCGGGAAGAGAAGGAGAGGACUGACCGAGCCCGGAAGAUGCAUUACCUGCUCAGCACAAAGCAGAUCCCUGGAAUAUACAACUCGCCAUUCAGGAAAGAGCCUGACCCCUGGGAGAUGGAGCUGCGGAAGGUCAGACUAGUGCGCGAACCCAGACCCCAGGUGAAGCAGACGUGCUCGGCCUGCCCAGAGGACUGGCUGCCUUGCCCCAGACACCACUCCCUCCCCCAGGCUGAAAUCCUGCCUCCCAUCAACAGGAAAAAGUGUCAGGGCCCCUUCCGGCAGGUGGAGGAGGUGCUGGCCCAGCGCUACAAGCCCAUGGAGCUGACACUGCGUGCAUCAGAGCCAUUCACCGACUUCAAGGAGGAGAGGGAGGAGCUCAGAAGACAGGAGUGUGCCUGCAACAUCAGCGACAGCAUGUUUUUGCCGUUUUCCAACUACCAUAAGAAUAAAAAGUACCUGCCACUGAUACAUUCAUCAAGCAAGUACGGCCCUGCAUCCUACGGCUACCAGAGCUUCCGUGAUGAAAAUCCUAGGAAAUGGAUCUGCAGCAAGGAUUUUCAAUCUGUAUUGCCAUCAUUUGAGCUCUUCUCCAAGUUUGGAAAAUCAUAUUCAAAAGCUGGACAAAUUAUAUAAAGAAAAUGAAAGAAGACAAAAUAUGGGAAGGAAGUCCAGACAGUAAGGAGACCCUGGGUAGAAGGUGCCCCUGCCCGGCAUCAGAGCUUCCACUUCCAGCGGUGCCCAGUGACCCUGAGCAGUCUCGCAGCCUCUGAAAGGUCCCUCAUUCCCUGGCGUAGCCUUCUGGCUCAUGUCUGUGCAGAGAAGUUGGUGCAUCCAACGUGAGAGUCUUCGAGAGAAAAAUGCAUGGAAACCACGCCCUCCUGGUGAUGCAAUAAAUGCAAUAAAUCAUAAUAUUUCGCA